GAAAGUGGUUCAUUCCCUUUCAAAAUGGCAUCCGAGACCAAAAGUUCCGAGUCCCCUCCCCAAGUUUCGGCAUGUUUCAGCCCAGUCCUGGUCAGCAGUGUGGCCUACCUCGGCUCGAUCGUGUUCUAUCUCCUGGCCUUCUAUCUCCGUGAGUUCCCGAAGGUUCCAUUCCCCGCGGUCGGCUGUCUGCUCGCCUCGGACGGUGACUUUGGGGAGUGGACCUCGGCUGGGUACGUCCUGAUGGCCCUGUGGUGUUUCCACUACAUGAGGCGGUUUGUGGAGGUUCUGUUCGUCCAUGAGUACAAGAGGAGGAUGGGUUAUGUGGAGUGUUUCGGGGCACAAAUCUACUACUGGGUGUUCGGCUUCUGGGUUGGCCUAUCUCUGCGGCCUGACAUGGGUUACAUCAACACCUACCUGCCGCUGUUUAUUGUCGGCAGUCUGCUGUUCUUCGUUGGAGAGGUUGGGAACGGAGUGUCCCAUCUCCAGCUGCGGAGUCUGCGCAGCAACAAGAACAACCACCUGCUGUGCCAGACAAAGUCGCAGCACGUCGUUCCUCGCGGCCUGAUGUUCGAACUGGUCUCCUGUCCGCACUACCUCUUCGAGAUCAUCUCUUGGAUAGGCUUUUCCCUGGCCACGUGGGCCCUGUCCGUUGUCGUGUUUCUAGCCGCGAGUGUUCUGACUCUUUGUAUUUACAGUUACCAGAAGCACAAGGCUUACCGUACGGAGUUUGAUGGUGCCGAGGGCAGGGAGCUUUACCCACCGAAUAGGAAGGCUCUCAUUCCGUUUGUGUUCUAAAACUGGUUAUGCGAAUCUCAAUGGGAGGGGUGUGGACGUGUGUACUACCUUAGAGUUAAUCCAUGCAGAAUUUGAGCGGGGCUGGGUGGUUAUUAACUUUAUUUUUGCUUUGCACUAAUAAGUUUAUUUUACGCUGAUGGCGACAGGUGGUCGAAAUGUCUACAGAGAAGAAA